CCAAACGGGAGGCUUUCACCGGGCCUGCGCCCCACAGCCAGGACCGUCCUUGAGCCUCAAGCUGCCGUUUCUUCCUGCAAAGCCCUUCGGGCGUCAGGCGGAGCUCUGGGGUUGCCCAAUCCAGUUCCUCCCUCCGUAGUUUUGAACCUCUUCCCUUCUAGAGUUCUGUCCUUUCCUUCUCUUCCUCUCUCUCGGUCUGGAGCCCUCCCGGCUCCGCUUGUGUGCCAACAACACCCGAGCCGCCUUUGCCCGCUUGCGGGGGGAUCACUUCCACCUUUCUGGAGUUCGUUUCUGCGGCUGCCUACAAGAGUGGGAAAGUCUAAGCAGUGAAAAUGAGCCAUGCUAAGCACACCCGGGUUCUUCUUCUCAACGACAUGGAGAAGCUGGACAAAACCCUGUUCCGGCUCGAACAAGGUUAUGAGCUGCAAUUCCGCCUGGGUCCUACUUUGCAAGGCAAGCAUGUUACAGUGUCUACAAACUACCCAGCUCCUGGAGAAUUGUUUGAUCGCCACAAGUUCAGAUGCUUAACUUGGCACAACCCAACAGGAAAAGAAGAUGAUUCUGACAAAUAUUGUAAAUUAGAACUCCAGAUUUCUGGAUCAUACCAAUAUUACUUCACUCAUGAGAAUCAGAAAGGUGGUGGAGGUUAUCUAGUUGUUGAUCCUAUUUUACGUGUUGGUACUGACAAUCAUGUCUUGCCCUUGGAUUGUGUUACACUCCAGACAUUCCUAGCCAAGUGUCUGGGACCAUUUGAUGGAUGGGAAGAUCGUCUUAAAGUUGCAAAAGAAGCUGGUUAUAACAUGAUUCACCUAACCCCAGUGCAGAAACUUGGUCUGUCUAGAUCAUGUUACUCAUUGGCUGAUCAGCUGGAAGUUAAUCCUGACUUUUCAUCUUCCAGCAAAAAAUGUUCUUGGAAUGAAAUGGGGAAACUAGUCGAAAAAAUGAAAAAUGAAUGGAAUAUGCUUUGCAUUACAGAUGUAGUCUACAAUCACACUGCUUCAAACAGUGAAUGGGUGACUCAGCAUCCCGAGUGCGGAUACAACCUUAUAAACUCCCCUCACUUGAAACCAGCCUGGCUUUUGGACCGAGCUCUUUGGCAUUUCACCUGCAAAAUGGCUGCAGGCAAAUACAGUGACAAAGGACUGCCGCCACUUAUUGAAAAUGACCAACAUUUGAAUUGUGUCCGUAAAAUCUUUUGGGACGAUAUUUUUCCCAAGAUAAAAUUAUGGGAAUUCUUCCAAGUUGAUGUUAACAAAGCUGUGCAGCAAUUUAAAACACUUUUAACUAAAGGUAGCUCAAAGGUUAAAACCGAUCCCAACCAACAUCUUGCAAUCAUUCAAGAUCCUGAAUUUAGAAGACUUGGCUGCACUGUAGAUAUGAAUGUAGCACUGAAUACAUUCAUACCACACAGCAAUGGACCAGCUGCAAUAGAAGAGUGUUGCAACUGGCUCCGGAAAAGAAUUGAAGAGCUAAAUGAUGAAAAGUUCCGACAAACAAAUUACCAUCAGGAGCAGGCUAUCAACUGUGUUUUGGCAACAGUGAGCUACGAACGACUGGCUGAUCAUGGUCCUAAGCUUGGUGCUAUUACCAGAAAAUAUCCAUUGGUUACGGGGUACUUUACCUACCCAUUUAAAGACCUAACCCUGGAGGAGGAGGAAGUUAUGAUGCACCAGCCUGACAAAGCAAGUUAUUUUAUGGCCUUCAAUGGUUGGGUGAUGGGAGAUGAUCCUCUGAAAAAUUUUGCUGAACCAGGUUCAAAUGUCUAUCUUAGAAGAGAACUUAUUUGCUGGGGUGAUAGCGUCAAGCUGCGAUAUGGGAAUAAACCAGAAGACUGCCCAUAUCUAUGGGCUCACAUGAAAAAAUAUACUGAAAUUACUGCCAAAUAUUUCCAUGGAGUGCGUCUUGACAAUUGCCACUCUACUCCUCUUCAUGUGGCUGAGUAUAUGAUGGACACAGCUAGAAAAUUACGGCCCAACUUGUAUAUAGUGGCUGAACUGUUCACUGGAAGUGAAGAGCUGGACAAUAUCUUUGUGAAUAAAUUGGGCAUUAGUUCUUUAAUAAGAGAAGCAAUGAGUGCCUACAAUAGCCACGAGGAGGGCAGGUUAGUCUACCGCUUUGGUGGAGAACCUGUUGGAUCUUUCGUCCAGCCACGUUUGAGGCCUUUAACACCUGCUAUCGCACAUGCACUCUUCAUGGACAUAACACAUGAUAAUGAAUGUCCAAUUCAGCAUCGAUCGGCUUACGAUGCCCUUCCCAGCUCAACAAUCGUUUCCAUGGCCUGCUGUGCUACAGGAAGCACCAGAGGGUACGAUGAACUAGUGCCACAUCAGGUAUAUCCGUGGCACUGAGAAAGAUUUUAUGCAAAGUGGAAUCCAGCAGCAACACAGUUAAAGCCCGGUGAAGUUAAUUUCAAGACUGGAAUUAUAGCAGGAAGGCUAGCUAUGAACAGAUUACACCAAGAGCUGGGAGCUAAAGGUUUUAAUCAGGCAAGAACUGGACCAGUUGAUGAAGAUAUUGUGGCUGUGACCAGGCAUUGCCCUAAUACACACCAGUCCGUUGUGGCUGUUUCUCGAACAGCUUUCAGAAACCCUAAGACUUCCUUCUAUAGUCAAGACGUUCCCCAAAUGUGUAUUCCAGGUAAAAUUGAAGAAGUAGUUCUUGAAGCUAGGACUGUAGAGAGAAGUGCAGAUCCUUAUAAAAAGGAUGAUCAUACAAUCAAUGUUCCUGAGUAUACAGUUGAACUCCGAGAACAUAUACAGCUCAAGGAAAGUAAAAUAAUAAAGCAAGCUUCAAUUUCCACAAAAGGUCCUAAUGAAUUUGUUCAGGAAAUAGAAUUUGAAAAGCUUACACCAGGGAGCGUGAUCAUAUUUAGAGUUAGCCUGGAUCCAAAGGCACAAGAUGCUGUAGGAGUACUUCGUAACCAUCUAAUCCAGUUCAGUCCUCACUUUAAAUCUGGAAGUCUGCCUGAUGACAGUUCAGAAGCUAUACUGAAAAACCCCCUUUUCGCUAAUUUCUGUUUUUUUUUUCUUAGUAUUGCAUCAAAAUUAACAUUGGCAGAUCUAAAUCAACUACUGUAUCGUUGUGAUGCAGAAGAACAAGAAGAUGGUGGUGGAUGUUACGACAUACCAAACUGGACACCUCUUAAAUAUGCAGGCCUUCAAGGAAUAAUGUCAGUGAUGGCAGAAAUACGACCAAAUAAUGACUUGGGCCAUCCUUUCUGUGGCAACUUGAGAGCUGGAGAUUGGAUGAUUGACUAUGUGAGCAAUCGCUUAAUUUCUCGUGCUGGAGCUUGCUCCGAUGUUGGGAAGUGGCUGAAAGCAAUGUUUAUCUACUUGAAGCGGGUCCCUCGUUAUCUCAUUCCAUGUUAUUUUGAUGCUAUAUUAGUGGGUGCAUAUACUACCCUUCUUGACUUGGUUUGGAAACAGAUGUCCAGCUUUGUUCAGAAUGGUUCAACGUUUGUUAAACAUCUUUCCUUGGGCUCAGUCCAGAUGUGUGGAAUAGGAAAAUAUCCAUCUUUGCCACCUCUGUCUCCUGCCUUAAAGGAUGUCCCUUAUAGGCUGAAUGAGAUUACAAGAGAAAAAGAACAGUGCUGUGUUUCUUUAGCAGCUGGUUUACCUCAUUUCUCAUCUGGCAUUUUCCGUUGCUGGGGAGAUACCUUUAUUGCACUGAGAGGACUGAUGUUAGUUACUGGACGCUACUUAGAAGCAAGGAACAUAAUAUUAGCAUUUGCCGGCACCUAAGGCAAUGGUCUCAUUCCCAAUCUGCUUGGCCAAGGUACUCAUGCCAGGUACAAUUGUCGUGAUGCUGUAUGGUGGUGGCUUCAGUGUGUACAAGAUUAUUGUAAAACCGUUCCAAAUGGCACAGACAUUCUCAACUGUCCGAUAUCUAGACUGUAUCCUACUGAUGAUUCUCUACCUCAGCCAGAAGGCAAAAUGGAUCAGCCAUUAUAUGAAGUGAUCCAGGAAGCAAUGCAAAAGCACGCCCAAGGCAUAGAUUUCCGAGAGAGGAAUGCUGGCCCACAAAUAGAUCGAAAUAUGAGAGAUGAAGGCUUUAAUGUAACUGCAGGAGUGGACAUGGAAACAGGCUUUGUCUUUGGAGGGAACCGUUUUAAUUGUGGUACCUGGAUGGAUAAGAUGGGAGAGAGUGAUAAAGCUCGCAACAAAGGAAUUCCAGCAACUCCAAGAGAUGGUUCUGCUGUGGAAAUUGUUGGUCUAUGCCAAUCAACAGUUCGCUGGUUACAGGAAUUGUCGGUGAAGGAAGUUUUUCCAUAUCCUGGAGUUACUGUGAAAAGACAUGGGAGAGACGAGACCUUUACAUACGAUCAGUGGAACAGAAAAAUCCAAGCCCAUUUCGAAAAGCUGUUUUUUGUCUCUGGACCAAAUGAUCCCAACGAGACACAUCCAACUCUGGUUCAUAAGCGGAGCAUAUACAAAGACAGCUACGGAGCAUCAAGUCCUUGGUGUGAUUAUCAGCUGAGGCCCAAUUUCCCUAUAGCAAUGGUUGUGGCACCUGAAAUGUUCUUUCCUGAGCAUGCUUGGAAAGCACUGACGUUAGAGAAAAAAUUACUUGGUCCACUGGGUGAAAACUUUGACCCAGAUGAUAUGGUUUAUUGCGGUGUUUACGAUAAUGCCUUAGACAAUGAUAAUUAUAAUGUGUCUAAAGGAUUCAAUUACAUCAAGGACCUGAUAAGUGAAUGGCUUUGGCCAAUUGGAUAUUUCCUUCGUGCCAAACUAUACUUCUCCAAGUUAAUUGGUCCAGAGAUCUAUGCAGAGACUGUGUUUUUGAUUAAGAAUGUUCUUUCUCGCCAUUAUGUUCAUCUUGAGAGGUCUCCUUGGAAAGGGCUUCCAGAAUUGACUAAUGAGAAUGGUCAAUAUUGUCCCUUCAGCUGUGAAACUCAGGCUUGGUCAAUUGCUGUGGUCCUUGAGGUUCUCUAUGAUUUGUAACAGUAAUUGUCUGUCGUAUAAAACUGCUAGCUUUUGUCUGGAAUGCAAAUAACAAUGCUUGUCUAUUGUUAAAAAUCCCACAUGAUAGACGUUGUUAAUGCUAUUGUUCCUUGGCAACUGUUAGGACUGUGCGAGUGUUCAUCAUUUGAGAAUCACUCAGGAUCUUUAAAAUCAAUGAGUGUAUCUUAAAAUAUGCUCAAUAUGUAUAUGAAGUAUAAAAGCAUAGAAAUUAGACUUUGAUAUGUUUCAAAUGCCACGUAUCUUCUAUUUCCACAUGUUCUAUUUCAGAAACCAAUUAGAAUGGUAGCCCUGAUUUAAGGUACCUCUAUAUAGGUAGUCUUCAACUUACAACCAAUUGCUUAGUUCCAAUGAAUUUACUUGGGGGAUACUGAUAACUCAGAUUCAAAGUUCUGACAGUGGGUCCCGCCACAGUUAUGUGACUGCACUCCAGGCCCUUGGCAAGUAGGCUGCAUUUAUGGCUGUUUGCAGUGGCCUACAGCCACCUGACCAUGUUUUACUAUGGUUUUUGCCAAAAAUUGGCAUUUACUUUCGCUAUUCAGCCAACUGCACCCAUAGCAAACCAUUGCUUCUUUAACAACCAUGUUCCCUUAAAGACUACUGUAAAAAAGGCUGUAAAAUCACCUUUUCUUUAUUUUGCAACCAUCACGAGUUAUGACCACGAUAGCAGUCUCAAUUACAGUUGUAAUUUGAGUGCUACCUGCAUUUUACAUUUAAGAGCCUUAGAAGCAUAGUACAUCGGACCAGUGGUCCCAUAUUCUGCUCCCCAGUAGCAAUGCUAUAGAAAUAAUAUCCCCCUGCUAAGCAGGACAUGAAUACAAGAGCUCUCUCCCAUUCAAUGUUACUUGGGAAGGGAUCCAGAGAAGCCCAUUACCUCCAUUACUGAAAUGCUGGUUAGAAUGGCUAACCAGCAUUAAUCCUGGAUGAGUCAAAUCCCUUCCAAAAGAAAUUUACCAAAACUAUGCCUUGUGUUAGCAAAUUCCCAAUGCUGUUUGAAUAACUUUUAUCUACUGUAAUGUCCCACCAUUUAGCUGACCCUAGAUUCUAGUAUUUUGAGAGUAAGAGGGAGGAAUCUCUCCCACUCUAUCCACAAAAUGUUAAUAUACCUUUAACCUUUUCCCCCUCCCUUUCUUACCUUCUUGUAAAAACUUUAAAGACACCUUUCCCUCUAUUUUCUUUUUACAAUAGGGCAUAAUUAAUUUGGAGCUAGACUUUGGUUUUCUGUGGCUUAUAUGCUCCAAAUGGGAGCCCUUGCACUGCUCAUUCAGAAUCAUUGAAAAUCUCAAAGCAUACCCAGUGGAGAAGGGUACUUUAAUUUAACAUACAAUGAGCGCCUAUAAAAACACACUUUGCUUUGAAGCAUGUAAUUGUUUGUCCAUGCUGUACAAUAAAAUACCAAGCUUACUCAGGUUAUAAUGUAGGAGUAAAAGAGUCUCAUGUACUAAGUUUGCAUUUUGCCAACUUUUGAAAGUUGUUAAAAGCAAUUACUGUAUUUAGAAUCUAAUUUAUUGUAUAUAUAUGUAUGUAUAUAUAUAACUGAAAUGAAUUAGGAUUGGGGGCGGAAAUAAAUUGUCUGUAAGACGAAGAGCUUUCUGCAGAAGUCUUGAAAGGAGCCACAACUUUAGUUUUUUUUAAAAAUGACGUUCAAGUAGUGUUCAAGUUGCUCACUACUUGCACAGGCACUCCCACCAAAAUUGCAACAUCACAGCUAUCCACAACUGUGGAUCUCCUUCAAUGUGGGCUUACUAUAAUAAUGUGAAAGGAGAACCUAGUGAACUGGGCUCAUCUACAUAAAAGGCUUGCCACUCUGAACUAUUUCAAGGAGCUAUUUACAGGCCUCCCAACUUGAUGGUUGUUUGUGCAUUAGCCCUUAGUGGAACUUAGCAGGAAGGCAAUUGCUUUUUAGCAGAAGGUUGGAAGAGAUUCCAGCCCUCAAUUUAAGUCAAUUUGUUCUAAGUACUUUAAAUUAAGGUUUAGUGAAAUCAUCUGGAACUCAAUAGCCAGAGCUCAUCUGUUCCAUAAUUUCAGUGCAAUUACUCAGCAAAGGCCAGAUUAGGCUACCUGAUGUUACUUUCUGUUGCAGGAGGAAAUAGCAAGUUUUAGCUUAGUGGGAUGACAAUGGCAAAAAUCACUGCUUUGAUAAUGCAUAGAUAUAACACAAUUUAAUGAUACUCCAUUUCAGCACUGUUGCUACUAUGUUUAUUAGUAGGGAUACCAUAUCUAGUCUUCAAAAAUCCAUCUGACACUAGAGGGCAGCAAAAAGGUACAAAAAAGUGGCUCUCUGCUGCCAUCUCACAGUCAUCAAUAUUUUAGCUUUGCUAUGGCUGCCCUUACAAUUAUAGCUGGAGUUUUCUCUUAAGGCCAUUUGGUGGUAAAACAAGCCAAUAAACAGCUUAGAGAUCCCACUGAGCUGCUAUGUAUAUUGCUUUUUAAAACUUAAGUUUACAUUGGUUCUUUCAUACUAUGAAUAAUUUAAGAAUACUUAAUGAUUGACACUUGCACUACUUCAUUUAAUAAACAAUCACUGUCAGCGAAUCUCAUCUAAUAACUAGUAAGUUUACCAUUAAUAAAAGAUUGCUUCUAUUAUAACAUCUCAAUUUUUGACAUUCCUAUCCCUUUUGAGACAUAAAAAUGAAUGUCUAAUUAAAAUUCUAUGUAUUUGGUUAGGAUUUCAAAAAGUUCUAUUAGGAAAAUAGAUACGGACAUAUUUAUUUCUAAAAAUUACAUUUGAGGAUAUAUGAAUAAGAAUUUUAAAAUUCUCAAUUUUACCUAGCUAAUAUAUCUUGGGACUAGGAUUCAUAUUAUUAAAAACAAAUUGAGGUGAUCCUGAACUCAGUGAGUUGGAAGCAUACAGCAUCAAUUCUACUGAUUUCAGAGUUGGCAUGUACAAUGUUUUCAUGCUACCUACCUGGAAAUCAGGUAUGAUUCUAUUUAAGACAACUGAUUUGGUAGAUAAGAAUAUCUAGAUGUUAAUAGCAAAGCCAACUGGACAACUGGAUUUAGAGGUUCUCUGAAGCAGCCAUAAUGUUAGCUAGGGGUUCUCCCGAACCCGUGGCAGCCCACCCCUGCCUAUCAGAGCUUAGUAUUAGCAAUUAUUAGAUUUGAGUCAUAUAUGUUUGAAGAAAAUCUAAUAGGUUCAAAAGUAAAGAUUUCUAAAUUGAUAUAUUUUAGUAUUAAAGCUCUAGUAUCGGACUGGUGGAGCCCAGCGGAAAAUGGAUGUGGGAAAUUCUGGGACUUAAAACCCACAGGUCUUAAAGUUGCCAAAAUGGAACCCCCUUGUUCUAGAACUACCAAAUCAAUAAUAAUAAAAGUAGUCCAAAAUGAGUUUUCUUUCCUGACUUUGAAAACACUGUUUCUUCCAGUGCCAAAUUUACUUUGGAUUGUCUGUCUAGAUAAUUUAGACUUUUAUUGAGAAAACUUCAGAACUGUGUGUGUACUAGACAAUAUGUCAAGCUUCAGAGAAAUCAGGAGAUCCAGGCAGUUCAAAUGAAUAUGAAGGUUUAUUGCAAGCUUAAGCUCUCUACAAGAAUCUGAAGUACUAGUGGUAAUAGAUAAGAGUCACAGGAAUUCAAGAUGGGCUGGACUUAGAUCCCUUGUGGAUGCAAAGGGACUCAUGACUGAUAUCGUGUUUGACCCCUCCCUCAUGCUCAGCCAGUCAUCUACAUAAUAUUUUCAUAGCUUCGCAUUUUAGAGGUACUUGAGGAUAAAGGGGUGACUUGUUACCAGUCCUUCUGUUCUGAUAAAAUUAUGAAUUGCACAGUCCUGUCUGAUACAGUAUACAUUUCUCAAGUUAUUUUAGCACAAUAAUGUUUAAAAAUGCUUAAAUCUAUAUCAACGGUGUGUCUGUAUUCAAAUGGUAUAUAUAUAUAAAGGAUUUAAAAUUUUAAAAUUAGACAACUAUUUCAAGAAUAACAGCUGUGUUUGUAAAAAAUUAAUAUUGUACUUGCAACAAUUAUAAAAUUGUGUUUCACUCUUCCUUCAUUGUAGCCUAAACCUAAUUAGAAAGAAAAAAGAAAGUUCAGAUUAAAAUUUCCAUUCUAGCAGCACUUAAAGCAAUAUACGUAUAACAUAUAAUUUAGUUGGCAAAAUAAUUGGCAGAGUUAUGUUGUACACUACCGUGUUUCAUGAAACUUUUGUUGGCAGAUCAAACAAACGGUUGCACAAUUUUUUUUCCCAGUCCGCAAAUCCUAGCCAUCAGCAUUUUGUUCUCUUUCAACCAGGGAGCAAAGCCAUCUGGAUAGCACAUCUGUACAUCUUUUUUUGCUGCUUUUCAGUUCAUACUAAUUUGUAACGUUCACUUCAUUAGUGCUUAUCAGCCCUGAAAACAAUGCAGAAGGGAAUAAUAGAAUGGUGCUUGUUUCAUAGGAAGUGUAAUUGUUGCACACAUGAGUCUUGUGUGUCUGUCUGCUACAGGUAUUUUUGCGACAUUGACUACUAUGCAGCUAUAUGUGAGUGGCAUUCAAUAAAAAUCUAACAAUGGUA